AUUUUCUAUACCUCUGAGCUGCUGUGUAACAGUAAAUGCUUUCUGAAAAAUUAGCGUCUUUAUAAGCGUCAUAAUUCUAUGAUGCAGUAGAUGAAAUCCCCAUGACAAAGGGUUGUAAUCUCAGGAAGUGCCAGUGAUUGACAAAUAUUUCAUGUUUAAAGUGAAUUUUUAUCCUUGCCGCACAACAACAUAAGGGGUGGUUCCUUAUUUUAGUCAUUGAGCAGAAUCAUUCUGGAUCUGUGAGGAAGCCUGUGAGACUGAGGAGCUAAAAUGAAGCUUGUCUACUUUUUCCUUUUAUGUUUCACAAAUGGUAUAAACCCUACAAAAGGACAACUACAUCUGGAGUUGAGUGGAAAAAUGCUUCUUAGAUUUGUGUUUCAUCCAAAUUACAAUUACUAUCAGAAGUCCUGUUGUAAAUUUACUAGAUAUGGGUGUAUCAUUUUUGUAACUAGCAACGGAUAUGUACAUAAUGCAUACGAAGGCAGAAUAGAAACCUAUGAAUACUCUGGAGCAUUUGAUGUUCGAAUCUGGAAUGUGCAUGCACAGGAUGCUGGGAUGUACAGAUGUGAAAUCUCUGGGACACAACAAUACAAGGAUUUUCAAGUUGUUCUAACCGGUAGUGAGACUGAACUGAACCCAAUACAAGCCUUUCCAAAAUCUACCAUCUCACCAGUCAGUUCAGCACAUAACCUCUUAGAGAAACACCAAGAGAUAUCUAGUACUAAAUGGAGCUUGAAAUUCAUCCUGGGAACCAUUUUUGGCAGCUUGGUAAUCAUUGUCAUUAUGGCCAUCUCACUGGCUGUGGUCUACUAUAAAAAGAAAUCAAGAGAUAAACAUCCUAGUAGCUUCCCUAGUGCACCCAACGUCAUACAACAGCAUCCUCAGGAGCUCAUCUACACCACAGUGGACUUCAAGCUCCAUCAAAAAACAUCCAACAUAUAUGCCAACCUGGACAUCCACACCUUAGGACCUGGUUCAAGCAAUGCAUUCAAAGCACAGGACAGUGUAGAGUAUGCUACAAUAGCAGGGGCUUUAUGAUUAAUGAAAAACAUAAUCAUGAUAUGUGACUGUUUUUAUUAGAGUGGAUGACUGAAUACUUUUGCCAUUGAAAUAUUACAGUAUUCACAUAUUACAUAGGCUGCAAUGGCCUAUUUGUGGAGAAACUAUUUUCUGAAGGUUUUGUGGUGUUUCUUUUUGGUUUCUUAUCAAACAAGACAUGAGCUUUUAUACUGUGAAGUGUGCACAUGCCAGUAUUUACUUGUUUAUCUAUGUGCAUUGAACUCUUUGCUUUUGCUCAAUAUAAGUUUGAAGAUAGUCAAUAUUAAACAGAGUCACAAGUUUUCUAUUUUGCAUUUUUUUUCCCUAACAAUUCUCAUUACAAAAUAUAGUAUUGACAAUUUGAGUGAAAAAGACUUUCUUAGUAUUUGGUACGUCCCUUUUUGCUUUAAUGACAGUGUGAGCUCAAGCUUGCAUGGAUUUUACAAGUUUGUGCAAAACUUUAUGAUCCAGUGUCGUUUGAACACUUGUGUCAAUAGACGAGAUUAUAUUAGUCAUGAGGAAAAUCUGACCUUUUGUACAAAGGAGUUACAUGAUAUGAAUAGGGACCUGGAAAUAGAGUCUUGAAUAUUAAAUAUUCAAAAUAUUGAACAUUUACUUUCUUUGUUUUAAAUAUUUCAAAAUUCUUCUGAUUUUCUCCAAUUUUAAUUAAAAAAAAAAAUCCCAGAUUUUCAACAGCUUUUGUACCCUAUUGUAUAUGAACAACAGAUAAUAUUAGUAUCAGAAAAAAAACCUUUUGAUAUCCUAGACAUAUUCACCUCAAAAUGAAUUGUUUUUAGGCACCUGAUAUGACUAUGUGCAGAUGGAUCCAGUAUCAUCAAUUUACCUUUCAUGCCUUUAUAGUGGUAAAGCACUAACACAAAGAAGUUGAUUUGUGAUGAAUAUUUUUAUUUUAAUUGCAUGCUUUCAUAUUUCAUUUGCAAAAGACCAAAAUAAAAGUUUAGUAUUUUAAUCCUUAUUGCCAUUAGUUCUUUAUUAAAUUAGUAAGACGUCGCAGCCAGGCCCACAGAGCUGUUCCCCCUGUUAAAGAUUGUGUACCAAUUCCUGAUGAAAACAUCACCCAAGAUCCAGGAGAAACUGCUUCCAAAGUUGCCACCCGCGAAACCCGUUUGGCAUCCACU